CCAUUCUCAGACCGACCCCAAAUCUCAAGGCCUCCAUCAAACCUUGGAAUCAGCCUAUUCGUGCCUCCUUUGUACCAAGUCCUCGACCGCCUCCGCGUGUGAGUGCUGAGAGCAAAGUACAGAGUACAUUCCAAAAUACCAAACACCAAAAACCACGUUAUUUCAUACACAUCCAAUACCUUAGGUACCUUACCGAGUGCCUCGCCCAACAUCAGCUAUCCUGCCGGUCUCGUGACUUGAACCUCUCUCUCUCUCUCCCGUCCCUCCUCGACACCUCGACGUCUGCCAGCUUUACCUUUCCUCACCUCGCUCAAGCCACGAGGUGCUUCAACCUAUCGCCUCCUGUUACCUGUAUACACCGACUACACAUAGCUAGCUUCCUACCUAGCUCUGCCCGGUAGUCGUUGUUCUCGCCCUGCACUUCUGGCACCGGGGAAAUUCCACCCCUUGGAGCAUCAAGCCCCUCUCCGCCACCUCUGCACCUUUUUGCUCCAUCGGCAAGCGCCCUAUCAACAAAUCCUCGCCUCCUACCCCUUUUUUUUGCUGGUAAGCAUAAGGAUAGACAAACAAGCUUCCUCGACCGCCUUUACACUACAUUCACUCAACUUGCCAAGGUAUGUGGUGAUACUCCAACCUCCAGAUAUCAUAAUCUUCACGUCCUGUCCCCAUCCCUGGCCUAUCCUCUCACUCACUAGGGCACGCACUUACCAUUCAUCAAGUUCCAGUGGGUUGCGAGGACCUCCCAUCCACUCACCCGCCCACCGCAAUCUAUUCUUCUCGACUUCCGCCCCGGGGGACGACCCCAAUCCAUCCAACCACCCGCCUUGACCCUGCGCACUGCGGCUGCAACCUUCCCAUCUCCUUUAGCAGCCUCCCCGCCGUCUACCACUCUAGUCGUUGCCUCACUUCCACGGUCCGCUCGCCCAUAGCACUGUCAAUUAAACUGCCACUUUGCUAGUCGCCCGCACAGCCUGCGCAACUACCAACCCCUACCCGCACACGACGUGCCCCCCCCGAGUCAAGACGAAACUUCUACACAAUGGAGGGUAAUAAUAACCGUCUCUACCUCAACAUCGGUAACCAAAACGAUCGUCUGGGUCCUGGCGGCGACCGACAAUAUCCCACCACGCCUUCUACCUUUCCUCAGCCCGUCUUCCCUCACCAAGGCCAACAGCAGCAGCAGCACCAACAAGCCGGCGGUAUGCAGCACCAACAGCAGCAACACCCGGGGCAGCAGCAGCAACAGCAGUAUGCGACCGGUUAUGCUCAACAGGGCUACUUCCACCCGAGCCAGCAGCAGGGUCAAUAUCCUCCCCAGGGUCACGGCGACUACAAUGCGGGCUAUCAGCCUCGAUCCAACACCCCGGGGACCAAUGAUCCCAAUGUCGGUCUCGCCCACCAAUUCUCUCACCAAAACCUAGGCGGUGCUGCUCGGGCGUCGCCCUACGGUUCCCGUGGGCCCUCGCCCGCUCAAAGACCUCGCACUGCCGGUGCUUCGGGACAGACGCCUCAGGGUUACGGACACUAUGCGACGCCGCCGAUGCCGAACCAGCAGGCAGCUCCCGUCGAGGUCUUUGCUCCUGCUCCUGAGCGGCUCUACGAGAAGUACGGCCCGAACGCCAAUAACAACCAGAAGAAGUGUACCCAACUGGCCUCCGAUUUCUUCAAGGACAGCGUCAAGCGUGCCAGAGAGCGCAACCAGAGACAAUCCGAAAUGGAGGUGAAGCUUUCCGAGCCUGGCCAGAGCCAGCAAAGACGCGAGCAGAUUUGGUCCACGGCCGGUCGCAAGGAGGGCCAAUACCUGCGAUUCCUACGAACCAAGGACAAGCCCGAAAACUACAACACCAUCAAGAUCAUCGGCAAGGGUGCUUUCGGAGAAGUCAAGCUGGUCCAGAAGAAGAACGAUGGCAAGGUGUACGCUAUGAAGUCUCUGAUAAAGACGGAGAUGUUCAAGAAGGACCAACUCGCCCACGUCCGUUCCGAGAGAGAUAUCUUGGCCGAGUCAGACAGUCCCUGGGUCGUCAAGCUCUUCACGACCUUCCAGGACUCUUACUUCCUGUACAUGUUGAUGGAGUUCUUGCCUGGAGGUGACUUGAUGACCAUGCUGAUCAAGUACGAAAUCUUCUCCGAAGACAUUACGCGCUUCUACAUUGCCGAGAUCGUGCUUGCGAUUGAGGCAGUCCACAAGCUAGGCUUCAUUCAUCGUGAUAUCAAACCCGAUAAUAUUCUACUGGACCGCGGAGGUCAUGUCAAGCUUACCGAUUUCGGACUCUCGACCGGUUUCAACCGCUUGCACGACAACAACUACUACCAACAACUGCUGCAGGGCCGAUCUAACAAACCGCGCGACCGUAACUCUGUUGCCAUUGACCAGAUCAACCUUACCGUCAGCAACAGAUCCCAGAUCAACGAUUGGCGUCGGUCGAGGAGACUGAUGGCCUAUUCCACAGUCGGAACGCCCGAUUACAUCGCUCCCGAGAUCUUCACAGGUCACGGCUACACCUUCGACUGCGAUUGGUGGUCCCUAGGCACCAUUAUGUUUGAGUGUCUGGUUGGAUGGCCCCCCUUCUGCGCUGAGGACAGCCACGACACAUACCGCAAGAUUGUCAACUGGAGACAAACGCUGUACUUCCCUGAUGAUAUCCAGCUUGGUGUGGAAGCCGAGAACCUAAUUAGAAGCUUGAUCUGUAACACAGAGAACCGCUUGGGUCGCUCGGGCGCCCAUGAAAUCAAGCAGCACUCAUUCUUCAGAGGAGUUGAGUUCGACAGCCUGCGUCGCAUCAGAGCUCCUUUCGAGCCUCGCUUGACUUCAGCCAUCGAUACCACGUACUUCCCGACCGAUGAGAUUGACCAGACUGAUAACGCCACGAUUCUCAAGGCUCAGGCCGUUCAGCAAGCCCGCUCGGGUGUGCCAGCGGUGGUCGAGGAGUCUCCCGAGAUGAGCUUGCCCUUCAUUGGAUACACCUUCAAGCGGUUCGACAACAACUUCCGAUAAGCGCGAUAAGCGCAUUGUUUUGGUGGCCAGCUUAUUGCGACUCGCUCCCAAUCUUGGGGAUUACCGAUGCCGAGCAAGACGUGGAGACCCGGAGGACUAGGAGACUAUCAGUGCUUUGCUGGCGACUCCAUUUUGCCUACUGCCAACCCAAUACACCCAGAUUCUUGUUUCACAAGAUUUGCAUUUCCCGUUUUUUUGUUUUCAAUCACUGCAUACAGGGCGUUCACUCGCAUCAAAGACACCAAGUCGCACAAAUCAUGUAGAUGGGAGGGGGAAACCGAGAUGUUGUCUUUCAGGGGGUAUGUAGUCGAGACGGCCGCGGAUGACUAGAGUUUUCAUUAUGAGAAGCAUGAUGAAGGAAACAGAGAGUAGGGGCAGCGUGAGGAGGGGAUGUCAGGAUGUACUGGUAAUGCUGGAUCUAUCAGUGAUGGAUGACAUUAUGGGAUUCAGAGAGUCAUAAGGACGUCUGGCAACGGUGGAGUGGUAGAUGCAAUGCAGACGAUGCAUUUGAG